UGUUCCAAGAAUAAUUUUCUUAGGGCUACGCAAGUUAUUUAGAGGUUAUGGUGACCCAACAAAAACAAAACGUGUAAACAUUGAACAUAUGUGCUGCGCUCGAGAUUUAAGUAAAAGUGGUCAAAAAUGGCUGCUCUUACAAAGUUAUUGCUACGUGAUUUAAGACCAAGCAAAUUGUUGCAACUGAAAGCUUUUGCUACUUAUGUUGAAAAGGAACUAGAAGUACCAACAUUUUGCGACGUACAUAUUGAUCUCCCUUACAGUGUAACUGUAAAGCCGUUAAAUAUCCAUAAGUAUCAUAAUUUAGACAAGUUGAUCAUAAAGGUUGAUGAACGAUGCGAAAAUUCGUUGCAACAUGAUGUUGUUGGAAAUCAGGUCAAAAUUGACGAGACUGUUGACAUCGAAGAAAAAGACGUUAUGUGUUAUGUUAAGGCACCAGUUAAAGCAAAUCUGUAUAUAAAUUCAAAGAAAGAUAUAAACGUAGGAUAUUUCCAAGGUGAUAAGUUGUAUGCAACAUCACAAGAAGGUGAUGUAUAUGUAGACAGGUUCCAAGGUAAUUCUGUCAAUGUCAUUACUGGAAAUGGCAAUAUAAGAUUGAAUGAAUUUGUACAAGCUGCAAAUAUAUCUGCUUAUGUACAAGAAAAUGGUUCGAUAACCACAGGACGAAUGCAAGGACUGAACUUGAUCUUGAAAACGAAUCAGGGAGACAUCAAUGUUGAAUCAGCCUAUUCCCAUGAAAGCCACUUUGAAAUUGUAAAUGGUAACCUAGAACUUCAGAAUGCUCACAGGUCAUGCAAGAUUUUUAUACACGAAGGAAACAUAAAUCUGGGUAAGUUGCUGAAAGUAAAUUUCCUGAAUCACCAAGCAAACUCUGAAAAAUUCCAGCCGGUUUUGAUGGCAAACUGAAACUCGUACUCGAAAAAGGCAAAGCGAAAAUUCAUCUGUUCCGAAUAUCAGAAGAGGGAUCAGAAAUCAACAUCCUAGAUGGUUCUCUUCAUUUGAGACUAGCCGACGCCUGUCAAGACUAUGUUCAAUUCCUGAUCAAAUCUAAGACGUGCGAAAUAUCGGACAACGUUAAAUCUACAAUUAACAGCUCAAAAAAUAUGUUAGAGUUAAUUCCUGAUAUUAAUAAUGAUAGCAGUUGUAUUGUAAAUUGUGAAGGUCAUGUAUAUGUUGAAAGUGCCUCUUGGCAGGAUAUGAUCAAGUUGAAGAUGCAGAAAAGGAAUGAAUGCUGAGAUAUAAAGGAUUUUCUAGAUAUUGUAGGCAAAGACUGAUCUGUGGCUAAACUUAAGUAGUGGCAGGUUAUAUAGAGUCUCACAAAUUUGGACAUAUUCCAAAGUAUUGCGAUUGCGAUUUGACUAGCAACUCCUGUUUGACUGGGUGUUGUGCUUUAUACUCAUUUUCAUUUAAGUUGUGAGUGAUAACACCGACAUGUUAGAUGGCUGUUUCGGAUCACAAAGUUCCAGUUUUUAUACGGGGUUUUAAUCGUUAGACAUACACUCAGCAUAUUCUUCUGUACAUAUUUGAAGUUAAAAACCGAUCAUCGAAACAUCAUAGACUUUAUGUUGGUAAGCUUUAGCCGAUUAUUUAUGUAAGCGAUUUGCAAAGUGUGUGAUAUUUUUUAGUAGUGACUUUGGUCAUGUUGUGACUGACAUACAUUUAGAAUAAAAUAAAAAAUAUGUUCGAAAACA